GUGUCAAGAUCUCACGGCCAUUAAGACUGGGGUGAAAUACAUACAAUCAGGUGUGUUUAUAACAUAACAAUUGUAUAAAUAUGAAUAACGAAACAUCGCGGCUCGAUUCGUUUUUCACGCGCGUUAUAAGACGGACACGCAAAUGUAUUUUAUUUAUAUAUUUGUAUGUGCCCUUUCGACAGUUGCCGCGCAGAGUGCCACAGCUAAACUAAGUUUUCUGCCAACGUUGGAAACUGUUGUCGGAGGAAUAAGCGAGUUCACUGGCAUAUUGAAUAAUUUCUACGACAUAUUCAGUAUACUUGUGACGGACAAUAUCACUGAUAUACAAGGAAACUUGUCUGUCUCGGUGCCUGAGGAUGCUUAUUUAAAUAUAUCGCAACUGGCGAAGAAAUAUGGAUAUCCACUAGAAGUACACAAACCGGUGACUGAAGAUGGGUAUAUUUUGAACAUUCAUAGAAUACCUCACGGAAGAAAUGGAAAGAGGAAUAACAUAACUGUGUUCUUAAUGCACGGGAUAUUAGAUUCUUCUGACAGCUGGGUAAUACAAGGGCCGGAGCGAGCCUUGUGUUAUAUUCUAGCUGACGAGGGCUUCGAUGUGUGGAUGGGCAAUGCGAGAGGGAACAAAUAUGCUACCGAGCACGUGUUAUACAACACGUCACACCCGGAGUUUUGGAAGUUCACGUGGGAAGAAAUUGGCAUAUACGACACGGCGAGAAUGAUCGAUCACAUAUUAUAUUAUAACGGAAACCGCAGUAUAUAUUACAUUGGUCACUCGCAAGGGACUACGACAUUUUACGUAAUGAAUUCAAUGAAACCAGAGUACAAUGAGAAAAUUAAAAUGAUGUUUUCUAUGGCCCCCGUCGCGUGGAUGACUCACGUCAGAUCUCCGUUGAUACGUUUAGUGUCGCCUGGGUUCCAAUCGCUGAGUUACUAUCUAUCGGAUUUGAACGUUUACGUUCCGAGCAUAACGUUCUUCAACAAAAUAUCGGCUUAUGUGUGCAGUGUUUUGAGUGUGAAGUGCGAUAACCUGCUGCAAAUGAUCGUGGGGACAGACUGGAGGUCUAUAAACGGGACUAUGAUGCCUAUAAUGCUAGGUCACAUGUUCAGCGGGUCGUCUACACUGCAGUUCGUGCAUUAUGGCCAGUUGGUCCAGUCUAAGAGGUUCUGCCGGUUCGAUUUCGGGCCUGAAGUGAAUUCUAAGCGAUAUGGCGUACAAGAGCCACCUGAUUACGAUUUAAGCAAAAUAACAAUCCCGGUAGGCUUGUUCUACAGCUCUGAGGAUUGGGUUGCCGACCCGUAUGAUGUAAAUUUGCUGAAACAGCAUCUACCUAAUGUAUUUAUGUACGAGUUUUUGGGUGAUUAUAAUCAUUUGGACUAUUUGUACGCAUCCGAUAAUAAAGAAAGGGUAUUUUCGAAAAUUAUUAAGAGUAUAUACGAUUUUGAACAUGGAAGGAACUCAACCACCGAAUAGUUCUAAGAUAUGUUUAUGUUAAUGCAGUUAUUAUAAAUCAUAGUCAUUAAUUUAUAUAGUAAACUUAUAUUUGGAAA